CGAGCUACUCUCCCUUCUCCUCUCGGCAGCCGAGCUGUUCAGACGUGAAAAGUGUUUGUUGCUCGUGCGGUGUACGUAAACGUUUUAAUCGGAACACACUUAUUUUUUUUUUCCCUUUUUAAGACGUGUCUAUCAAGUGUUAAUUUAUCUUUCUAUCUAUUUUCUUUUGGUAAGACACGUAAAUCAAUCGCGUAUUAUUAUGGCUGAUCAGGAGAACAACGACUUCAGCGAAGAUAUCGCUGAUCAGAACUUUGAGCAGAACGGCGAGGCGGAGAAUGGUGGCGACGGGGACGCCGCUGAAAACAACCAGGAGUCCCAAGAGGACAGGUCGGCCGGAGGUAACCAGGAUUCUCUAAACGAUAGGAAGUUAUUUGUCGGAGGUCUAAGUUGGGAAACAACGGACAAGGAACUAAGAGAUCAUUUUAGUGCUUAUGGUGAUAUUGAAAGCAUCAAUGUCAAAACAGAUUCAAAUACAGGACGAUCACGCGGUUUUGCGUUUAUUGUCUUUGCAAAAGCUGAAUCGUUGGAGAAGAUUAUUUCUGGUGAUCACGUUAUUAAUAAUAAGAAAGUAGAUCCUAAGAAAGCAAAAGCCAGGCACGGGAAGAUAUUUGUUGGUGGUCUUUCGACGGAACUUGCGGAUGAAGAUAUUAAAAAUUUCUUCUCACGAUUUGGAACCAUCGUAGAUGUAGAAAUGCCAUUCGAUAAGACAAAGAACCAGAGGAAAGGUUUCUGCUUCAUUACUUUUGAAUCAGAACAAGUAGUGAAUGAACUUUUGAAGACACCUAAACAGACGAUAAAUGGCAAGGAGGUCGACGUAAAAAAAGCUACCCCGAAACCAGACGGAAUGGGUGGAAUGCGUGGAGGUGCUGGAGGUCGAGGCGGUAGAGGUGGUCGAGGAGGAAGAGGUCGUGGAUUUGGCGGCCAAGGAGGUUGGGGUCAAGGCGGUUAUGGUGGUGGAUACGGCCAAGGAGGCUACGGAGGAGGCUAUGGAGGAGGCUACGAUGGUUAUGGAGGAGGCUAUGACUAUUACGGCGGUGGGUACGGCGGCUAUGGUGGCUACGACUACAGUGGAUACGACGGCUAUGGCUAUGGCGGUGGUAGUUACGAUGGUGGCUACAGUGGUGGGCGCGGUGGUGCACGCGGUAAAGGUUUCCCGCCCUACAAAUUUCAUCAUAAAUCGUCAAAUCAUCAUCAUUCCAUUAAUAAACAACCACGUCAUCUACGACAAGAACAACAACGCAGACAACUGCCGCUUAACAAAUUCAGUCAUCAAGAUUCACAAUUAAAAACAGUAAAAUAGUUGAUCAUGUUGCGUUUAACGUAUAAUAAUAGCAUUGUGGAAGUUAGAGAGAAAAAAAACAUUCGCGCGAACGUAUGAAAAAGAAAGAAAGAAAGAAAGAAAGAAAGAAUGAAAAGAAAACAAAAGAAAAAUAAUGUAUAUGCAUAUACACAUGUAUAUAUUUCUUUAAAUGCGUAUAUGUAUGUACAUAAUUUGCUUCCAUCUCUCGUUUACCCCUUUGUACAAUAUAGUCCAAACUCUUUUAUUAUAUAUUAUAGUUUAAAGACUAUUCUCUCAUUAACUCUCAUUGAUUUAUCUCCAUUUUUUAUUUAUCUUAAAGUUUCUACAAUUAAUUAAUAGCAUUAAUGUCUCAUAUAAAUAUAUUAUAUAUAUAUAUAUUCAGUGUUGUAAGGCGUGUGUGUGUGUGAGAUCGUAUAUAUCAUAUUUACGUUUAAAAAAAAAAAAAAGAAAAGAAAAAAACUAAGAAGGAGAAUAAAAUAUUUGCAUUUUUUUGGAUAUGGCCAAUGAAGUUGUAAAGAUAUGGGUAGUACAAUUAUAAACGAACGUAGUUUUCAAUGAUUACAUUAAACGCGACCAUCAAAGGACAACAACCGUAACAACACCCACGCCUUUUUUACUCCCACAAAAAAAAAUAUUUAAAUAUUUUGUGGCGUUUAUUAAAUACAUGAUUCUUAUUUUUUUUUUUCUCUCUUUUUUUUCUUUUUUUUUUUUUUUUUUCUUUUUUUCUCCUUGUGCAAAUGGGAAAGCAAUAGAUGAAAGAUAAUAAUAAUAAUAAUAAUAAUAAAUAAUAAUAAAUAAUAAUAAUAAUAAUAAUAAUAAUAAUUUAAAAUACGAAAUAGUGUGUAGAGAAUAAAUAAAAAUACGAGUUCUCUCAUUCGUAUAUAACUUCGGUGAACAGAGCUGAGGAAAAAGAGAAGAAAAAUAACACAACCAACUUUGUCCACAUUUUUAACGAUAUAAGAUUAUUUUAAUUUUGUCUAUAAUUAAAGUUAAUAAAUGGGUGGGGAGGGGGGGGAGAUGAAACCUGCCGUAGAAGAGUAAGCAGAGGCAAUGUACUUUUUACACAUGAAUGUUUCAGCAACAAAAGAAAAAGAGAGAAAAAUGUAAUAGGUGCCCAACUGUUUAUAGUGAUUAUUAUGUGGGGGGAAGAGAGAGAGAGAGAGAGAGAGAGAGAGAGAGAGAGAGAGAAAAAAGAUGCGG